GGAUUAUGACUGUGAGGUCGUCUGCGAACAGCAAAACGGUGGGGAAAGAGAUGAACAUGUCUGAAUUCUCUAUGGUUUUUGAGGGUUCUUUGAGUAAUAAUUAAUUUAGGAUGAGAGGGUGGGGAGUUGCAUGGGGUCCUGGCUUAGCGAGGACUCCCCUGUGUCCUCUUCCAUUGUGUACUCUAGCCCCUCCAUGAGCUCUCCUUCCUUGUUGAAGAGCAUUUUAGGUGCGAAGGAAGCGAUACAGAAACUCUGCUCUGUUGGCUGGAUUGAAGUUCAUUUACAGCCGGGGGCUGAAAGCAUUUUGAACAGGGCUAGGGACUGUGGAGAAGUGGUGCAGAUGGGGGAGCGGGCUGAGAAACGACUUCGAGAAGGAGUGCCGUCCGCCAUGGGUCCAUCUUCAGUCCAGAAGUUAAAGUCAGCUUUGAAGUCCGGCUCUGCAGCGAAAUCCACUUGUGAAGGGCAAGAGUCUGACAAAAAAGAUGUACGGCAUAUCACAUUCAAGGACACAACGAAGGUGUCCGAAGAAGAGCUUGUUGCAGCAAUGGGUAAAAUUUCUUCACACAUUGGCAAUCUCUCCAAGUUCACAAAGGCAUCCAAACUUGCGCUCCAGUUGUUGGAGUCCGACAGCAUAACGACAAGCAAUGCAGACCACUUUUUCAAUAUCCUGAUAUCUGCGGCAUCCAUACUGCCCUCGCUAUGUGACGACAAGACAAAGAUGGACUGCAGGGCACUUUUCGUCGCAGCAGGAGACAGAAAAGAGGUAUUCUCUUUCAGUCAGUGCAGACAGCUAGAGGUGUGGCUUAUUCGUGCUGAUGUGCGCAAUGAGCUCAACACUGAUGAUACUUUUGAGUUUUCGAGAGCUGCAUCCCGUUUGCGACAACUAGUGGAAGACCUGCCGGUUGCGGCCGAGGAGGAAGACGGCGACCCUGCAACGAGGCAGAGAGAUUCUCCUGCACAAGGAUGCGUCCCCGUCCCCGUCCGAGAUGAAGAGUUUGGCAUGGAAGAUUGCAACAAGUUGAAAAACCAAGUGAGCUCAGGAGUCGUGCAUGGAAAUCUGGAGUCUGCAGACAACGAUGAAGACCCAUUUGGUUUGAGCGGCUUGCUGACUGUUAAGAAGUCGAAGAAAGAGGAAAGGGCAAAGCGGAAAAGAGAGGAUGCAGAGCGAGCAAGGCAGGCAUCACUGGAAGCUGCCAGACUGUUGCAAGAACGGAGAGAAGCAAUUUGUGAUUGCUUGAGUUUUGCGUGCACUCAGUACAAGUACAGCUGGGCUCAGGUGCUGAUCGACAUCACCAUCAAGCAUGCUCAUGACCACCUGGAUCGGUUCAUUUUACCCCAGUGUGAGCUGAUAAAGAAGCUAUUCACAUCAGUAAAGGAGCAGCAGCAGAAGAGGAGACUCGGAAGGGCUGGCGGAGGCAAGGGGGACGACACGACAUCUUUCGAGCGAGUUGCAAUGAAGUGGGCCUCUGAGAAGGUGUCAAUCAGAGGAGCGGUGGGAGCUAGCGGUGAUCACGGGGCGGAAACAUGGCUUGGGUGAUGUGAUGUUAUGGCACUUUCAAUAGAGUGAGUGAGUAGACUAGAAAAGAGGUUUAAAAAAAAAAAAAAAAAAAAAAACACUAUUAAAAAGUAGUAAAUACUAAAAAGUUAA